AUGUGGCUUGGUGGGUGUGUGCUUGUGCUGGUGCUUGGGCUUGUUGCACAACGUUGUGAUGUUGUCCGUGCAGAGGUAGUGAUGGAAGAGGAUGAUGGCGGCGCGCUGCACAUCAACACAAGCUCGCUUGAGCAGCCCGUGCUUUUGAACGGGGUUGAUCUUGGGCAGAUGCUCCUGCUUGCACAGGAACAGCAGCGCACGCUCCAACGGCAACAGCGCAUCAAUGCAGAGCAAGCGCAGCAACUCGACGCCAUGUCCAGCACAUUGUGUCGGCUUGAUCCCAGGGAGCCAUCCGCUGAUACCACCACCAUCACGGGCCUCAACUUGGGCAAGGACAACAAGUGGUCCGGUGGCGUGCGUGCGCAGACUGGGCUCCUCUACGGCAUCCCUUACAGCUUGGGAUCGGUGCUGAUCAUCGAUCCGUGGACGAACACCGCAGACACCACAACCAUCUCCGGGCUGUCUGACGACGGCGGCGGCGGCGGCGGCGGCGAUGCUGCGUGGAGCGGCGGUGUUUUGGCACCCAGUGGCCUUAUAUUCGGGCUCCCGUACAGCACCACCGCGGUGCUGAUCAUCGAUCCCGCCACCAACACCACGGACACCACAACCAUGGCCGGCCUGCCCAGCACCGAGGGCAAAUGGCGAUCCGGUGUGCUUGCAGAUAACGGGCUCAUCUACGGCGUCCCCAGUGCCGCAACCUCCGUGCUAGUCAUCGAUCCCGUUGCCAUGGUCGCUGACGCUACAACGAUCACGGGACUGGACAGCGGGGACAACAAGUGGUUCGACGGCGUGCAGGCAGCAAACGGCCUCAUCUACUGUCCGCCAGGGCAUGCAGAUGGCGUGCUCAUCAUCGACCCGGCAACCAAUGCAACAGACACCACCACCAUCUCGGGGUUUGGCACGGGCCUGUUCAAGUGGUAUGGCACGGUGCUUGUGGACAGCGGCCUCGUCUACGCCAUCCCGGACUACUCGUCAUCGUCUGUACUCAUCAUCAACCCGCAGACAAACGCAACCGACACCACCACCAUCACCGGCCUCACGACACCGGGGCUGGUGACCGCCGUGCUUGCACCCAACGGCCGUAUCGUUGGCGUGCCGAGUUACUCAUCGGCAGCGCUCAUCAUUGACCCGGCCACAAACACCACGGUGCAGCUCACCUUGCCUGAAAAGAGCGAACCCACGCUGUUCCUGGACACGACUGUGGAUGCGUUUGCGUUUAUGCCGUUUUCGACCGGCCGCCGCAACUGCAUUGGCAACAACUUUGCCACGCACGAGAUCCGCGUCGCCAUGUGCCAGCUCCUUCGCAGGUUCAAGUUUGUCGAUGCAGGGCAUGAGCCUGUACUCCAGAGCGCCAUCGUUCUCCGCAGCGCAAACGGUGUCAAAGUCAAGAUACAGCCCCUGGACUCGUAA